GCAUCUUCACAAUCACCCGCACAUCACUCAUAACGACGACAACACCAUGGCGAAAAGACGCGCGCAAGAGCCCCUCGAGGAGGCGGUUCUGCAGACAUCCCCCGCAUCGAAGAAGCCCAAGGUUCAUGCCACGGUGGAAGACGACGUGCCAUCUCCCCCUCGGGCAUUCGCCAACGGAAAGGGUGCUCCCGAUGCAGACCACAAACAGCAUGCAGAGCUGGAAGAGGCGGAUGCGCUGGAUGGGGAAGAGGAGGAGGAUGAGAGGACUCCCACACAGCGACAGAGAGAGGCUGCAGACGGCUACCAGGACUUGUACCUCGACAGCAUCAACCGAUCCAUCCUCGACUUUGACUUUUUGCGGCAAUGCUCCAUCACGCUGUCCAACCAAAAUGUCUACGCCUGUCUGGUGUGUGGCAAGUACUUUUCGGGGCGAGGCGUAAAGACACCCGCCUACUUUCACGCGCUCGAGGUCGGACACCACGUGUACAUCAACAUGGAGACCAAGAAGGUCUAUGUGUUGCCGGAGGGAUAUGAGGUGAAGAGCAAGAGCCUGGACGACAUCAAGAUUGUCGUCGACCCGCGAUUCUCCCCGGAAGAGGUGAAGAAGCUGGACAAGCAACAGGAGCCUUCGUGGGACUUGACGAAUAGAAAAUACUAUCCCGGCUUCAUCGGGUUGAACAACAUCAAAGCAAACGAUUACCUGAAUGUCGUCGCGCAAGCCCUGGCACACGUCACACCUCUACGGAACUUUUUGAUGUUGGAGGAUCUCACCGCACGGCCGCAGCUACCCCAACAAUUCAGCGUUCUCGUCCGCAAGAUCUGGAACUCCAAGGCCUUCAAAAGUCACGUAUCGCCGCACGAACUCAUGCAGGAGAUUUCCAUGCGGAGCAACAAGAGGUUUACGUUGAGUGAACAAGCAGAUCCGGUGGAGUUUCUGAGCUGGUUCCUCAACAAUCUACAUCUUGCCCUCGGUGGGAGCAAAACCAAACCGCGGAGCUCAUUGAUCCAAAAGAUCUUUCAAGGUUCUCUCCGGGUGGAGUCACAGACCAUCACCGCGCGCGCCGAUGCAGGAGAUCGUUUGCGAUUCGAAGAUGCCGACGUCCACUCCCAAGCUUCCCCAUUCAUGAUCCUCACGCUCGACCUCCCGCCCGCUCCACUCUUCCAGGAUGAUGUGGAGAAGAAUAUCAUCCCACAGGUCCCGCUCACCACCAUCCUGCAAAAGUACAACGGUCUUACUGCACAAGAAAAGACCAAUACUCGCAUGCGCUACCGGCUGAUGCACCCUCUGCCACCCUACCUCAUCAUGCACAUCAAGCGCUUUCAGCCCAACAAGUUUCUGCAAUCCCAGCACAACCCGACAAUUGUUACAUUCAGCCCGCGCGCCCUUGACCUCGCGCCUUAUGUCGAGCCCAACACCCAGCUUCACCCGCCGGGGGAACCGCUCGUGUACGAUCUGGUGGCCAACAUUACAUACGAAGGCGUCAAGGUGCGAGACGAUUCGGUCGAGGGAGAGGCGGAGCGCAAGGUGUGGAAGGUGCAGAUGAAGGAGGGCGGAGACAGUCAGCAAUGGUGGGAGAUGCAGGACUUGUUUGUGGAAAAGGUGAAUGCGGAUCUGCUGAGUACAAAGGAGAGUUAUAUCAUGAUUUGGGAGCGGAGGAGAAGGGGCAAGGGCAAGUCGGUGGCGUAGGUGGAGUUCAGCCUCACGGCAUUGAAAGUGUGCGGGUGAUCGACACGUAGUGCUUACUCGGCAAGUCUGACACAGGCUACAGUCUGACAGUUAUUUACUCAGAUG